AACGCCAAGAAUUUCUAGAUGUAAUAUUUUCUUGGUCUUUAUCAGAUGUACUCAACAAGCAUCUCUACAAAUUUCAGGUUAAUUUCUCUAGUUAAUUUCUUUUGUUUUCUUCACAUGUUCUUCCAUGCAUGCAUUGUAGUCUGUAGAUCUUUGAAACAUGAACAUUAACAUUUUACAGGUGGAAGAAGUUCCAUUGACAUUUUCAUCCACAACCCACUACAUGAACUCAUUCAUAUAUCUUCUUCUUGAAGAAACACGCGCAGAUAUGUUCUCUCAACUUGCUGGAAUCUCUCAGGCACCCGCGAGCCCCUUUUUCGGUUUGCGGAAAAUGCCAACCGAUAGUCGCAAGAAAAUGUUCUAUCGCAUGACUUUAACUGGGACGAAGUAUGAUCCUUUAGUUGGAGAUCUUAUAGCGUUGACACAAGUUAAACCUAAACGCAUUGAUGAUCUUGCUCGAUCAAACAACCCUUUCCUUCUAGCUUAUGUGACAAAUGUGAUCAAUGAAAGCCCAAUGACAAUAGAAGUUGUGUCAUCAAAUGAUCUCAUUGACUCCAGUUUAUGUGAGAUGAAGGAACGACCAAAGGGCUUCAUUGUUUAUCUCACAAACUUGACGACAAAUAUGCGUAUAUGGCAGGCGCUUAAUCCGGCUGCCAACAUGAAUCUUGUUCAAACAACAUUGUCACCUAGUUCUUCUGUAAGUACAUGUUAUAAAGUUGCAUCUUACUUUUUUUUUUUGUUACAAGUUGCUGGGGACUGUGACAAGUGCUGUAUUGAUGGAGAAAAAGGUAUUAUUGACUCAAAAGUAAGGCAUGCUUUUGAUUCAUUUAAGCUAGAUACUUCACAAGAAGCUGCUGUAUUAAGUUGUCUUGCGGCUAAAAAAUGUUGUCAUAAAACCUCCUGCACUAAGUUGAUAUGGGGUCCUCCGGGGACUGGGAAGACAAAGACAGUUGCAUCAUUAUUAUUCGUGUUGUUAAGGGAGAAACACAGGACUCUUACUUGUGCUCCCACUAAUAUUGCAGUGGUAGGAGUUGCAAAGAGAUUGUUGAGUUUGCUAAGUAACCAUAAUUUGGGUUGUGAAACUUAUGGGUUUGGAGACAUAAUUUUAUUUGGAAACAGAGAACGAAUGAAAAUUAGCGUUGAUCAUGAAGAGCUUCUCGAUGUGUUUCUUGACAACCGAGUUAAUGUUCUUGGUAACUGUUUAUCGCUGUGGAAAACUUAUACGGGUGAUAUGAUUCGUCUUCUUCAAAAUCCCAUGAAAGAGUACCAGUGUUUCCUAGUACCCAAGAAAACAAAAGCCAAAAGCAAGAAGGAGAAAGAACAAAAGCCUGUCGAGAAACAUGACGUGAUUCAGUUGACUUUUGAGGAGUUUGUUAUGAACAGAUUCAGUGGUCUAAGCAAAAAGCUUACUGCUUGUAUCAGGAACUUGUAUACCCAUUUGCCUACUUCUGUGAUUCCUCUCAAAUUCGCAAAGAAAAUGAAUUGUUUAGUUGAUUUGAUUCAGAAGGUUGGAGAGUCUGUAAAGGAGAUAGUAACUAGAAAGCAAAGCUUAAAGAAAGCCUUCGAAAGUGGAGUAAACAUAUCUCAUUUUAUGAAGCUAAGAUUGCGCAAAACCGAAUGCCUGCAGGCACUAAAUGAUCUUAGAGCAGCAUCUUUCAUUCCAAAAUCUAUGAACAUAACCAAACUUAAAAACUUUUGUCUGAGUAAUGCUUGUUUGAUCUUCUGUACUGCAUCAAGCUCAAUCAAAUUGUGUAUAAAAGGAAUGACACCAAUUGAAAUGGUAUUGAUUGAUGAAGCCGCACAGCUUAAAGAAUGUGAAUCUGUUAUCCCAUUGCAGCUUCCAGGUGUUCGAAAUGCUGUGCUCGUUGGAGAUGAAAGACAGUUGCCACCGAUGAUUUGUUCUGAUGCUAAGUUUGGAAGGAGUUUAUUCGAAAGGCUGGUGCUACUCGGACACCAAAAACACCUCCUCAACGUUCAGUACAGGAUGCAUCCAUCAAUUAGCCAGUUUCCAAACACUGAGUUUUACAACGGGCAGAUCUUGGAUGGUCCUAAUGUCAUUGAUAAAGCUCGAGAACAGCGUUUUCUUCAAGAGGACAUGUACGGAGCGUACUCGUUCAUCAACGUUGAUUCUGCAAAGGAGGAGUUCGACAAAAACCAUAGCACAAAAAACAUGGUUGAAGUUGCUGUGAUUGCGCAGAUUGUUGCAAAUCUUUUCAAAGAAUCUGUCUCAAAGAAACGAAAGGUGACCGUGGGGUGCAUUUCACCGUACAAGGCUCAGGUUGAUGCAAUUCAAGCAAAACUAGGCACAAAGUACAACCAGGAGGAGAACGGCUGGAGCUUUUCUGUCAACGUUCGAUCCGUUGAUGGGUUUCAAGGUAGUGAAGAAGAUGUCAUAAUUUUUUCAUCAGUUAGGUGUAACCAUCGUGGAUCAGUUGGGUUUCUUUCAAGUCGCGAGCGUGCAAACGUUGCAUUAACUCGAGCAAGACAUUGCCUGUGGAUUGUAGGAAACAAAGAAACCAUGAUCAAGAGUGGUUCUGUUUGGAACACUCUAGUUUAUGAUGCAGAAAACCGUGGGUGCGUUUUUGAUGCACAUGAAGACAAGAACUUGGCUCAAGUCAUAAUACACACCAUGAUUGAGUUUGCCAAUUUUGGUUCCUUACUAAAAACAGACUCGAUACUUUUUAAGGAGGCAAGAUGGAAGGUUAACUUUACCAACACGUUUCUUGAAAGAAUAGCUGGUAUUAGCAAUCCUAACGUUUGUAAACAAGUUGCAUCCCUUCUUGUGAAGCUUUCAAGUGGUUGGCGUCAAGCGAAGAAAAACAAAAGUAACAGUUACAACAACACACGAGCAAUGUUCGACAUGUUAGAGAUAUACAAUGUUGACGGACAUUUCCAUCUUGUUUGGAGUGUAGACAUUGUCUACGAAAACUCACUCUGUGUUCAAGUUUUGAAGUUUUGGGACAUCUUGGUGUUGUCACAAAUACAACAACGUGCAAAGCAUUUGGAGAGUGCUUUUGGAAACUAUACGCUUGAAAUGAUCAAUCGUUGUCAAACCAAGCGUUUAGAAAGAAAUCUUGUUUUUCCAAUGACUUGGCCUGCGGAUUCAAGUUCAACUGAUGAUCCAACUUUGGUUUUGACAUGUGGGCUAGCUAAAUUGAGUUUAAACAAGCAAACUUGA